AUGUCUGGUUUUAAUAUUGCAACUAUUCUCGAUAAAAAAGAUAGAACAUUACCCAAACCUAUUAAUAAUCGCCCUGGUUUUGAUCUCAAGUAUGCCAUUUCAUAUAUUGGGAAUUAUAUACAUAUUGAUGGAAAACGAUAUGAUGAACUCUUUGAUAAUGAAAAAUUAUUUGAUAACCUCUCUAUUAUAAAGCAGGAUAUGACUCCAGUGCAAUGGGCAAUGCGA